CCUCGCAGACUCGCACAGACGCAUAGCCGCACGUCCAAAAAAGCACAUGACGAAGCUGCCGCUGACCGCCGUCUCAUAGCGCAGCCGCCGGCUGCCGCGGGCCCGCCUCCGGCGGGCGCCGUCCAUGGGCGCGGCGCACAUCAGUCCCUAUCUCCCCUAGUUCCCUUCAUCCAACGCCCCACCGGCCACAACCACUCCUUAGCCGACCCACGGGCGGACGUGCACACGCAGCCGCGAGCAGGUUAGCCGGCGACGGCGGCGGCGCGAGGGCGAGGCAGUGAACUGCCAACUAGGAAAAUCCUUCUCUGAAUCCUUACAAGCUGCGAAGGUUACAAGUUGAGGUCUAGGCAGCCAUGGGCAAGGCUAGUCAGCAAAAAAUUGAUUUGGUUUCCAAAAGAAAAAGAGAUGAUGACAUGAUUGGAUUUGAGGAAGAUCCUUCACCAAUGGCAGAUCAACCUUUGCCAAUGCUUGAAAUUGAACAGCCACACCCAGAGAGCCAAGAUGAAGGUCUUCAUGCAAAUGAACCUAUAACAUUCCGAGGUGUCGAGUUCUUGCAGCGAGACCCAGGAUUACGCCCACAAAUUUGGCAACAUCCACCCGAACAAAGAGAUAGUGUGCGGAGAGCAUAUUUGAUGUUAGGUCCUAUGCAACCUGAGCUACAGACCUAUAAACCUUCUGGUGAAAAAGGGCAUCAACGCCGCUUCCAGUACAAAUGGUUUGACAAUUUCCAGAAAUGGCUAGAGUAUUCGGAGGACAAACAUCGUGCUUAUUGUUUGUAUUGCUUUGUCUCUAGUAAAAAUGAGAAUAGACGAGGUGGUUCUCAUGUCUUCACAGUAGAUGGAUUUGACAGUUGGAAUAGAAUUAACUCUGGAAAACAUUGUGCAUUCUUAACCCACAUGGGCUCUGGACCAUGCUCACCACACAAUAAUGCAUUCACAGAUGGCCAAGCCUUGCUGAAUCAAUCAUGCCACAUAAAAACUAUUAUGGCAGUUAAGGACAAGGAGAAAGUAGAAAGAAACCGUCUCAGACUGAAAGUUUCAAUUGCAACGGUUAAGUGGCUCGCACUUCAAUCUUGUGCUUUUAGAGGAUAUGACGAAAGACCCGAGUCAAAGAAUAAAGGCAACUUUCUUGAAAUGGUGGAGCUUCUUGCUGAAUUCAAUCCUGAUAUUGCCAAAUGUGUGUUGGCGAAUGCUCCAUAUGGUUCUAAAUACACAUCACCAGAAAUUCAGAAGGAGAUCUUGAGUAUAUUUGCAUGUAAAAUCAGGAAUCAUAUCCGUGAGGAAAUUGGGGAUUCUAAGUUCUCUAUAUUAGUGGAUGAAACAUGUGAUGUAGCAAAGAGAGAGCAAAUGGCUCUGGUUCUUAGAUUUGCUGAUAAAGGUGGUAUUUUGCAAGAGAGGUUCUUUGACUUGAUACAUGUAGCAAACACAAGGUCUUUGACACUUAAAGACAAAUUGAGUUUUGCUUUAACCAACCCUGGUUUUGACAUUCAGAACCUUCGGGGACAAGGUUAUGACGGUGCUAGCAACAUGAGAGGUGACUUGAAUGGACUUCAAGCUCUUUUGCUCCAAGAAUGUCCAUAUGCUUAUUAUGUCCAUUGUUAUGCCCAUCGCUUGCAACUUGCUCUUGUUGAUGCAUCCAAAGAAGUGGUUUCUAUUUCUCAAUUCUUCCAAAAACUGAUCUAUAUCAUAAACACCGUUGACUCAUCUUCAAAGCGACAUGAUCAGCUCCAUCAAGCCCAACUAGUUGAACUUGAAAAUGCAAUUGCUAAUGCCAAUAUUGAGACAUGACAAGGGGCAAAUCAGAUUCAUACCCUUAAGCGACCAGGGGACACAAGGUGGGGUUCUCAUUUUGGUUCAGUUUACAGCCUUAUGAAGAUGUUUGGUGCUGUUUUUUCUGUCAUCCAAGAUAUAGCAGCCGAUAGAUCAAUUGGCUCAUUGCGUGCAGAUGCGGACACUUGUUUCGGCUACUUGUCCUCCUUUGAGUUCAUGUUUAACUUGUGUUUGAUGAAGGAGAUAUUUGAGAUAACCGAAGUGCUUGGCCAAGCUUUACAGAAGAAGUCACAAGAUAUUGUGAAUGCUGUUCGUUUAGUCUCCUCAACUAAAGAGUGUCUCCAACCACUAAGAUCAGAUGAUGGCUACCAAGAAUUUAUUGUCACAGUUGUUGAGUUCUGUACAAACCACUCCAUUGUCAUUCCUGACUUUGAGGAAGCUUACAUCAUGCGUGGUGGCCGUGCCCGCCAUCAACCCAAUCAGCUGACCAAGGAGCAUUACUUUCGAGUCGAAAUAUUCUAUGCAACACUGGACACUCAACUAUUUGAACUAAAUCAUAGGUUCAAUGAGAAGGUAAUGGAUCUUCUAACCAAUAGUGCCACCUUGAUUCCUAGAAACAAAUUUAGAGGAUUUAAAGCUAGUGAUAUAUGUGACAUGGUGAAAAAGUACUACCCAGCAGACUUCCCCCAAAAAGAUAUCUAUGGAUUACAACUACAACUAAAACAUUUUGUUUUGGAUGCUUCCAAGGAUGAAUAUAUGAGAGAUAUAUCAAACUUGAUUGAUCUUUGUCGAUGCCUUGUGGAGUCGGGAGUUGUCUUCAAUUUGAUUGAAAGAUUACUCCGUUUGCUCAUUACCCUUCCAGUUUCUACGGCGAGUGCUGAGCGUGCAUUUUCCAGUAUGAAGAUCAUUAAAACAAGGUUGCGCAAUACAAUGGAGGAUGACUUUCUUGCCAAUAACUUGUUAGUUAACAUAGAGGGUGAACUUCUAGAGAAGUACAGCUAUGAAGAUAUCAUUGAAGAUUUCAAAUGCGCGAAGGAACGGAAUGCUGAUUUGUAGUAUGUAACUCCACACAACUUUGCCUGAUGGUCAAAUGGUAUGGCUUAUUUUGGUUUGGAGUAGUAUAUAUGGUCAAAUUUUAUGGCUUAUUUUGGUCUCGGUAGUAUAUAUGUAUAUAUAUGCAUUUGCUCGUCUUGUAUUCAAUGUGAACAGAAGGUGUACUGACUAUAUCUAUUGAAAUAGUAUAUAUGCUUUAGAAUUUGAAGAA